AUGCCACCUAAAAUAAACUUCAAAACGCUCUUAGGGAAGCGAGACAAUGCUAUACAUGCUUUAAAAGAAUUGUUUGAAGAGUUUGAGACGGUGUUUGAAAUUCAGCCACAAUUAAAAGGCUAGAACAAAUAUUUACAAUACUCGAAACCAAAUACAGAAGUAUCAAGGAGCAGCAAGAAUUCAUCGCAGACAAAUAUGUAGAGGGGGGUGUAGAAGAAACGCUGAAGGAAGCUCACAAAAGAAUAGGUGACGCUGUAAAGGAAGAAUAUUUGAAGAUAUCUAAAAAGUUUGCUGCCUACCAAAAAGAAGUAAGCUCCAAGAAACCUCAAGAAGAGACAGAAACCUUAAAGGCAAUGACAUCCGCAGUUCUAAAAAUGACGGAGACCAUGUCCACGGGAUCAAAACCUAGUAAGAGUGGACUUGAACGUUUGUCAGUUCCAUCAUGGGAUGGCAGCCGUAGAAUGUACCCUACCUGGAGGAAGGAGUUUAAUCACUGGAUGAAAAAGUAUGCACAAGAUGAAGAUGAACAAUUGCAACGUUUCAGGAAGGCGUUGCCAAGCCAUUUGUGGUGGACAGAUCAAGUAAAGACCUGCAGAACCAUCGACCAAGCUUGGAAAAUCUUAGAUAUUGAAUUUUCAGACAAACGAAAGCUAAUGGAUGAACUUUUGGCAGGAAUUUCCAAGCACGACCAGGUCAAAAGGGACUCCAAGUCAUUAAUUCGGUAUGCUACCACAAUAUCGAGCUAUGUGAAUGACAUGGAAGCCAACGAUUGCAUGGUUACAUCUUCUUCAGAGGCACCAUUCUUCAUGUCACAACUGUUGUUCAAGCUCACCCCAAGUGAUAACGCUGAGUUCGGGAGAGAAAUGAAGAGGAACAAGAAGGAAGAAAGUGUACUCGGUCUUGUCGAAUGGCUGUACGAAGAAGCAGCUCUUCGUUCCAGGGGCAAGCUUGAAUAUGAUAACGAGAGUGCAGAACAAAGUCGACGUGUGUGACCCUUCAGAAAGUUAGACACCCGUAACCUAGCUACUGAAAUUCCUGAAGAUGCAACCUGCCCCUUCGAUUGCCCAGAAGAACAUCUUCUUGCUGCCUGUCCAAUUAACAAGAAGCUAACGGUAAACCAACGUUGGGACAUUGUUCAGCAAAAUAAGAGAUGUCGCAAGUGCUUGAGAGCAUCGCACCAUACAAGAGAUUGUAAGAAGCCAGAUGGCACCUCCUGCGACAAGUGCAAAAAGAACCACCACAAGUCUUUGCACAAUGCCCCACCUUUGGAUCCAAGUGCAGUACCAUUUUCCGUACAGGAACGAGCUAUCUCUCAGAACCAUAACAUUGAAGGGAUCAAGCAUGGGAUCGGUCUCUGCCCCAUUCAGAAAGUAAAAGUGAAGGAUGCCGAUGGAAAUUUCAUGGACAUGCUAGCAUUGCUAGACACUGGAUCAAAUACCAGCCUACUCUCAAAGAAAGCGGCUAUGAAACUGGGAUUAACUGGAUCUCAAAUUCACCUCACCAUGAAUCUCGCUGGAGGGAAAAAACGUUCAGAAGAUUCUGAAAUUCUAGAAAUCGCCGUAGUCUCAUGUACCGAGGAAGAUAUCGAGAAAACUGUCCAAGUGUAUACGGUUAAAAAACCAUGUAACAGCGCUAAGACAGUGUCGAAAAACAGCCUAGAAAGUUACCCCCACCUGAAGUCCAUCUCCGAAAAGCUACAUCUUUCCGGUGGUGCUGUAGAUCUCCUCAUCGGGACUGAUCUUGCUGAAGCCUUCGUCGAUGUUCACACAAUCUCUGGUCGAUGUGGGGAACCCAUUGCCAAGAGAAACUGCUUUGGAUGGUAUAUUAUUGGCCAACUAGACCCAAAGAUACCGGAUGGUGCAAAAAUACAGUCAGUUGAUCUCAGUCACGCGAGCGUCAUGGAGAAUGUCAAUCAACUUCUUCAACAAGAUCAGAUAGGAAUCAAACCUACACGUUUCUGCACAAGUAGUGAAAGUGAAUUGCGAGAAAGUAAAUUUGUGAAGUCUGUCUCUCAAUCAACGACUCUGGUUGAUGGAAGGAUUCAGGUAAAGAUGCCGUGGAAUGGAAAGGGACCUCCGAAGCAAAGUAACUACGACAUCGCUGAAAAGAGAAUGCAGUCAGCCGAAAGGUCAUUCGAAAAGAAGGGUUGCAUUGAUGUUGUCGACGAAGAAGUAAAAAAGUUAGUGGAUCAAGCGUUUGUCAUCAAGGUUCCUCCCGAACAUGUCAACCACACCCAAGCAGAAUGGUAUUUGCCACUGCAAGCCGUCUUCACCCCAGAGAAGACAACCAAAGUGCGGCUUGUCUUUGACUCAUCAUGCAAAGGACACGAUGGGCUCUCGCUGAACGACCGCCUGAAAAAGGGUCCAAACUAUAUCAAUCAACUGCCGAACGUUCUAACAGCAUGGCGGUGGGAUGAAGUGCCUUACUCGGGGGAUGUCCGGAAAAUGUUCAAUCAGAUUAUGGUUCAUCCAGAAGAUCAAAUCUAUCACAGGUUCCUAUGGAGAAGCAAGCUGAGCGACACCCCAACAGUGUAUCAAUGGCUACGAUUAAGCUUUGGCGACAAACCAGCCCCUGACAUUGCCGCAAACUCCAUCAACACCCUGGCAAAAGCGUCAUUGUCCGA